CGAACUGGGCUGAAUCCCUCAGACAGGAGUCAGUUGAUUUCUCCGCUCUGUGUGUACUGAAUCACGGCCAUGCCUUGUGUUUUGCUGAACCUCUGUGAAUAUGACACGCAAAAACUUGUCAAAAUCAAGAGCGUCAAACUUGGCUCACUAAAAUGGACAUUAAACGGCGUUAUCUUGAUGUUUAUUUGUAUAAUGCUGUUAUGGAAUAAAGAAUAUCAGCAGUAUGACCUCGUAGUGAGUUCAGUCACUACAAAAGUCAAAGGAGUGGCAAAAACAAAUAUUCCAGACAUUGGUGAAGUUGUGUGGGAUGUGGUUGACUACAGCGGACCAUCUCAGGGAAAAAACUCAUUUUUUGUGGCAACAAAUGUCAUAGUUACAAAAAAUCAAAAACAAGGUAAUUGUCCAGAGGUUCCACCAUACGGGAAACUGUGUCGGACAGAUAAAGAUUGUGAGAAAGGAUUUUCAGACCAGUAUAGCCAUGGUAUUCAAACAGGAGCUUGUGUGAAGUUUGAAGGGGUGAAGAAAACAUGUGAAGUUUCUACUUGGUGCCCCAUUGAGAACAAGAAGAGACCCAGACCUGCUCUGUUGGCAUCUGCAGAAAACUUCACAGUGCUUAUCAAGAAUAACAUCAGAUUUCCUGCCUUUAAUUACAUAAGAAGAAACAUCUUAAUGAACGAAAGUGAUCUAAGAGGUUGCAUCUAUAACCGGUACACAAAUCCAUACUGUCCCAUUUUCCGGCUGGGAGAUAUUGUGAGUGAGGCCAAGGAGAACUUUGGAGAUAUGGCAUUGGAGGGAGGUGUCAUUGGUGUACAGAUCAACUGGGACUGUGAUUUAAACAGCAUUUUUCACAGCUGUCUGCCCAAAUACUCGUUCCGCCGAUUGGAUGAGAAAGAAAGCAACCGUACCCUGUACCCUGGGCUUAACUUCAGGUUUGCAAGAUAUUCAACUGUAAAUGGUGUGGAGCAGAGGACCCUUAUUAAAAUGUAUGGCAUCAGGUUUGAUGUCAUGGUGUUUGGAAAGGCUGGGAAGUUCAGCAUCAUUCAGCUUAUCAUCUACAUUGGAUCAACGCUCUCCUAUUACGCUCUUACAACAAUCUUUCUUGACUGGCUUAUUGGGACGGGCUGUUACUCUAAAGAGGCAAAACAGAACUACACAGAGAAGAAGUUUGAGUCAGUACAGGACCGAGAGGAGUGCUUCCUCUGUGUUUCAUUUGUGGAUGAAAACAAUUUAAGGGUGGUAAAAAAAUCCAGAAAGAAAACUCUACAGCAGACAAGACCUCUUUCUGUACAUCAGCGCAAGAAUGAUUUGGCCAGCAUGAGGACUCUGAUCGGUGUUCUGCAGUGUGGACCAAGCAGAAAUCUCCCUGUGCAGAAUGGGCAGAGUGACGGGCUUCCCAAAAGCACAGAAACACCAUUGCUGGAAAAGCCUCAGUCUGGGGGUCAGGCCUGGUGUCAGUGCGGCUGCUGUCAGCCCUCCGCGUCCCUGCACGAACAGCUGUGCUGUCGAUUGAGUAAAGGCCGCUGCAUAACUUCCUCCCCACUUUUCACUAAACUGAUCCUCAAUCAGUCCGUCCUGGAGACUGCUUUGUUCUAUGUGGAUCCUCUAGCUGAGCUGCACGAGGGGACUCAGCUCCGUCACGGAGCUUACGCUCAAUUCAUUAGAUGGCGGUUUGGUGACAUCACACCCAGGGAUGCUGUUCCAGUAAUACCCAGUUGCUGCGUCUGGAGGAUAAGGGCAGAAUACCCCAGCUCUGAUGGCAAAUAUAGUGGCCUAAGACUUCAUCAGGCCAUGUCCUCCUUUCUUGCAGAGGUCAAUGCACAAACAUAAUCAACAGUUUUUUUUUUUUUAAAAGGACGAUCAAUCAGAAUGUUAAUGCCUUAUAACUGUGCUAACAGCUGCUGCUAACUACAAUAAAUAAUACACAAGUCUUUUUUUACAAUUGUUACCUGUAAUCAACUACAUAAUGAACCAUAUUAACCACAAGCAAUUCAGGAAAAAAACAGAUGUCAAACAUUUUACUAACAUAGAUGCCUUACAACUAAAGAAACCUCAAGUGCUUAAGCAUGCAUCAGCCAUUAAUCAUAAGUGUUGCUAAACAUUUAUUCCACUGAAACAUCCAAUUCAUUUUAAUCUGUCUCACAAACUGUGACUGUAAAUAAAUAUAUUUGACAAUAAUAUUAAAUGCAUUCAAACAUAAAAAUAAAGUGUUUUCAUAUGACUACUACUGUCACUUUUUUAGGUGAAUACAAUUGUACAAACCACCCUUAGUACAGUACAAGUUAGCAUAAAAAAGUCUCAACAGCACUAGCCUGUGAGAUAGUAAGAAACAAGUAUAUGCUAUAUAAAAGCUAUUUAUUUUGGUGAGCAGGUCAUUAGAAAUAAAAAUCCAGUGCUUACUGCUUACCGAACUUAAAAAGGCCCCAAGAUUUACAAAGACUGACGCAAUGCUGACUUUACCAACCCUCAAAUAAAAGAUCAAAUUGAAUUACAGAGAAUCUAACAUUUAGGCACAAACAGACAAAAUUAGCUAAAAAUGACAGCAAAAUGUAAUUCAUAAGCCUUUAUCUGUGUGUGUACCUGUUUUAAAAUUUUCACAAUUUUUUAAAUAUUUGCAAACCUUUGGGGAAAAAAAUUUAAUUUUAGAUAUCUAAAAUUAUAAAUCAAAAUGUAUUAUUUUACCAGAAAAUAUUACCAAUUUUUUUUUACUAGCAAAUGUUUUUCUUUUCUAGACUGCUGAUAGAAUACUUAGGACCUUUAUCACAAAAAAACCUCACUUUUCCCAAAUUUAUUUUAAGCUUCAAAUAUACAACCCCUGGCAAAAAGUAUGGAAUCAUCCCUCUCAGAUGAUGUUCAUUCAAAUGUUUAAUUGUGUAGAAAAAAAAACAAGUACAUAUAUGCCACAAAACAAUUUUACUCAACAAUCCAAACUUCUGGCUGUAUAAAACACUUAAAAAAAAACAAAGAAAGAUAAUUAUAGUCAAUUACAACUGUUUUUACAGAUCAAACAGAGGAAAAAAAUAUGGAAUCACACAAAUCUGAGGAAAAUUAUAUGGAAUCACCAAAUAAAAACACUACUAGUACUUUGUUGCACCACCUCUGGCUUUUAUAACAGCUUGAAUUCUCUGAGGCAUGGAUUUAACUAAUGACAAACAGUAUACUUCAUCUAUCUGUCUCCAGCUUUGUCUUAUUGCAGUUGCCAGAUCAGCUUUGCAGGUUGGAGCCUUUUCGUGGACCAUUUUCUUUAAUUUCCACCACAGAUUUUCAAUUGGAUUGAGGUCUGGACUAUUUGCAGGCCAUGCCAUUGACAUUAUAUGUCUUUCCUGUAGGAAUGUUUUCACAGAUUUUGCCCUAUGGCACGAUGCAUUAUCAUCCUGAAAAAUGAUGCUACCAUCACCAAACAUCCUUUCAAUUGAUGGAAUAAGAAAAGUGUCCAAAAUCUCAACAUAAACUUGUGCAUUUAUAGGAGAUGUAAUGACUGUCAUCUCUCCCAUUCCUUUACCUGACAUACAACCCCAUAUCAUUAAUGAUUGUGGAAAUUUGCAUGUUUUCUUCAGGCAGUUGUCUUUAUAAAUUUCAUUGGAACGACACCAAACAAAAGUUCCAGCAUCAUCACCCUGCCCAAUGCAGAUUCUUGAUUCAUCACUGAAUAUAACUCUCAUCCAGUCAUCCACAGUCCAAGAUUGUCUUUCUUUAGCCCACUGAAACCUUGUUUUUUUCUGUUUAGAUGUUAAUGAUGGUUUUCGUUUGGCUUUUCUGUAUGUAAAUCCCAUUUCUUUUAGGCGAUUUCUUACAGUCCGGUCACAGACAUUGACUCCACUUUCUGCCCAUUUGUUCCUCAUUUGUUUUGUUGUGCAUUUUCUGUUUUCACAGCAUAUUGCUUUAAGUUUUCUGUCUUGGCGCUUUGAUGUCUUUCUUGGUCUACCAGUACGCUUCCCUUUUACAACCUUUCCAUUUGAUUUGUACUUGGUCCAGAUUUUAGACACAGCUGACUGGGAACAACCAACAUAUUUUGCAACAUUCCGUGAAGAUUUACCUUCUUUCAGAAAUUUGAUAAUCCUCUCCUUUGUUUCAACUGACUUCUCUCGUGUUGGAGCCAUGGGUUAUGUCAAUCAGCUUGGUUCAACACAUCACUAAAGUGUGCAAGCACUCUUUUUUAACUGCAGACUAAUUAGCAGUUGUAAUCAGAUACAGGUGUUUGUUUUAGAAAUGCAAAGUGCAUGCUGAUUCCAUAUAAUUUUCCUCAGAUUUGUGUGAUUCCAUAUUUUUUUCCUCUGUUUGAUCUGUAAAAACAGUUGUAAUUGACUAUAGUUAUCUUUCUUUGUGUUUUUUUAAAGUGUUUUGUACAGUUAGAAGUUUGGAUUGUUGAGUGAAAAUUAUUUUGUGGCAUAUAUGUACUUGUUUUUUUUUCUACACAAUUAAACAUUUGAAUGAACAUCAUCUGAGAGGGAUGAUUCCAUACUUUUUGCCAGGGGUUGUAUACAAAUAUAAAGUAUAUUAAAGUAUUUAGAAUAAUUGAUACAGAUACACACUUUCAUAAAUAAUAACCAUUGACACUGACGAUUUCUCUUGCUUUGGAAAUAAAAACGUCUCUCAAGCAGAAAAUUGGACCGUCUUGGUCGGUUUUACAAUUAAAGGGUGGACUUUAAGUAAUAGAGUAACUCAGAUAUCUGCAUUACAAAUCAAAAUUAAUUGUAUUUUCCCUUUAAGCACGUACUCAUUGAACCCUUUAGGUUUAUAAUAAAUGAAACAUGGCGAGUUAUGUUUUUGAUAAGCAGUGCAAAUUUCUCUGCAUCACCAAGCACAGCAACAACAACAACAGCUAUAUGCAAUGUGUAUGUAUGUAUGUAUGUAUGUAUGUAUGUAUGUAUGUAUGUAUGUAUGUAUAUAUAUAUAUAUAUAUAUAUAUAUUUAGAUAUCAAGUGGCUGAUCCACCAUGGCUGUGGACAAACACUGUAUUUGUAAAAAUUUAAAGUCUUCGCCAAUGUAUACUUUCUUGUUAUACCUCCUCUCCUGAAAAAAAGACUCACAAAUCACUUUGAAAUGUCUUUUUCUUGUGUAUGUACUGGACUUUAAGAGUGGAAAAACAUUUGAAUUAUUUAUAAAUGAAAACCACAAACAUUACUACAGAGGACAGUGUGUUAUCCUGAAUCUUCUGACUGACCUUAUUACCGAGUCUACAGAACACACACCUACUUUUAGAUUUUUAUUAUGUAGUAACAGUAAAAGUGUUAAAGGUUUUUACUGCCACCAUUCACAGUUAUUUGCUUAAACCUAUUUGCACUCUACACAUUUGCAAGCCAUUAUCUAGAAUUGUGUGAACGCAUGUAAAUCAAGUGGCUGAACUACCUUGGCUGUGGACUUUAAAUUUGUAUAAUUAAAAGUCUUCAUGUAUACCCACUGUAUGUUUCAUUGUUAUCCAUUCACUCCUGAAACAUGAGUAAAAACAUUACCAAAAUA